AUGGUAUCUUCACUGACCGCGACCGUUUUCACCGUUGCCGCUGCGUUCGCCGCCGGUUCCCCUGAGGCUCGUCAGCUAUCCACGGGAGUGUGCUACGCGCCGUGGCAUCACCCGUACGUCAACUGGGACGUCCUGGCCAAGGACAUGGCGCAGGUCUCGCAGCACUUCUCCAGCAUCCGCACGUACGAGUCUCGAUUCAGCGGAUUCAACGUCGUCGACGUGGCUGCAGCUGCGAACCUCCACGUCGCGGUCGGCGUGCAACUCGGCAACCCGCAGAUCAUCGACGCGGAGAUUCAGGCGGUUUGCGACGGCUACGCGCGCAACCCGUGGGCUGUCGAGGCCGUCUACGUCGGUAACGAGAACCUCCAGAACGGCGGCUUUGGCUCGUACUCGGCCGAGCAACUUGCCGGUUACAUUCGUCGAGUUAAAAGCUGCGUGGGCAACACGCCGGUGGGUUCCGCCCAGCGUAUCAACGAGUGGCUUGGAGCUCCUGGCGCGUGGACACUCGCGAACUCCUGCGACAUCAUCGGGGUGAACAUCUACCCGUUCUUCACGCCUGGAUCGCAGUCGUCUCUGAAGAAGCUGGAGACUCAGUGGGACCAAAUGGUGUCCAAGUUCGGCCCGAACAAGCUGCACCUGACCGAGACGGGCUACCCGUACGCUGGUGAGACGUACUCUGGCAACGUUCCUUCGAUUGGUGCGAUGACGCAGUACUUCUGGGACUACGUGUACGGGUUUGCAGGCGGCAAGGGCCAGUCGUACUGGUUCAUGAUGUACGAUCAGACGGUGAGCUACUCCGGCGCGGAGUACGAGAAGCACUUUGGCCUCUUCGGCACAGAUAUGCCGCAGCACAUUAGCCUGCCCUAAACAGUCAGGAGUGAAACAAGAGACCAAAGUUUUGAAAGCAUGUUGGCGUGAAAUAUCAAAAUUGACGCGUGCUUUUACUUCGAAGUAAUAACGAAGUUGCCGGAGUUAAUAAUUAGCCGUGAAC